UGUGGCCCUUCGAUGGACAACAGUAUAUAAACUGAAGCGAAAGUCCAGUACUUACACAGCAGUUGUUUCAGCUUUGAUCAACAGCAAGCUCUCAGUAGAACCAUGCAGGUCCUCAUCUUGUUCGCUCUUAUCGCCGCCUCCCAGGCAGCUGUACUCCUACAUCAUCCUGCCGUUGUUAGUUCAGGCGCUAGCAGUCAAUACAGGAGUCAAGAUAGCUUAGGUGGCUACAACUUUGGCUACAAUGAGGGACAUCUUAGUGGGGGAUCCUUCCGAAAAGAAUCUGGAGAUGGCCAUGGCAAUGUUGCUGGUUCUUACGGACUGAGGGAUGCUGAUGGACGUGUUCGUGUCGUUAACUACGUUGCUGAUGCUGCUGGAUUCCGUGCCGAUAUCAAAAGCAAUGAACCAGGCGUAGAGCCCAAAGAUCCCGCUCAUGCAUCAAUCAACAAGGCUGGUCUGGCUGUAGCACCCGCACAUCACGCCAUAGCCUAUGCUGCUCCUGCUCUGGCAGCCGCACCUGCACAUAUCGCCUACGCUGCACCAGCUCAUUUAGCAUAUGCUGCACCAGCUCAUUUAGCAUAUGCUACACCAGCUCCUUUAGCAUAUGCUUCUCACCAUUUAGCUGCCCCUCGCUAUGGAUAUGCCUACCACUAUUAAACAUUCAGUAUACAGAACAAAUGACAAAGUUAACGUAAAAUAGUUUAUACCUCUAAAUGAAAAGACGAACUGUGAUUUGUGUCUUCUUUCCUUUCAAGUGCACUCUGCAUAUUGGCUUUUCCUUGAAAACUCGUUUUGCUUCUCUUUAGUGCAAUGCAGGCAAAAUUACUUUCACGUCAAACUAUGCAAGCAAGAUUCUUUAAUUUCUUUCGACAAAUAUAGCUGUUACUUUAGGUAGCUAGUCAAGGCUUACCGUACCAUAGUAGCCUACUAUGUCACAAAAUGUUCUUAAGGUACAAAGUUUCCAGUCAAGCUUACCAUGUUAAGUCAAUAUUUAUUUAGACUUGCAAGUCCAUCUCUCCAGCCAUUUCUUUCCUUUCAUUUCUUCAAGUUUCAUGGAAUUUCUCUUCAUGCUAAAUAUUCAUAUUUUUAUAGGUUCUUCUAAUUCAGAAUAACCAAAUAGCACAAACAUAUUUUUAUUAAUGCCUAUUUAUGUGCCAUUCAUUUUAUUAUGAUUCUGAUGAAAAUAAAAUACGUUUCAACAGCA